CGACUUUUGAAUCGGCUCUGCUUUUUUCUCAGCUUGAAAAAGUCGUUUGAGACCAUUGAGAUCACUCCUACGUGGUCAAACGCACCCCAUUGAGCGAAGGACUGCUGCAAUUCAAUCUCGCCAAACCCGUCAUGCAUUACAGCGAGCGGGACUCCAAUUCUGACAGCGGAGACAGCGAGGUCUCGCCUUUGAUCCCAGGCCCGCCGGUUGCGAUCUCUCCCCCCACGCCAUCCAAGAAACAGAUCCUCAAGGUCAUCUUGCUGUGCGCUUCGGCGACCUUGAUUUUAGAUAUCGGUCUCACGGUCGUGCUUGCUCCGAAGAUUCGAUUGCUGGAGUCGAUUCUCUGCCAGGAAUACUAUCACACUCAUGGCCUCCAAGGGCUGAUGCACGAUAUCCCCGAGUCACAGUGUAAAACGAAGGAGAUCCAGUCCGCUGUCGCACGAUUGAUUGGCUGGCAGGCGGUGUUUGACAGUCUUCCCGCCAUUUUUCUGGCAAUCCCGUAUGGCGCCUUGUCCGAUACCAAAGGCCGCAGACCCGUUCUGUUGCUAUGCUUCCUGGGCCUUACUCUAUCAACUGCUUGGACUUUGCUCAUCUGUUGGCUGCGGUUGCCCCUGGAGCUAACCUGGAUCUCAUCUCUCUUCCAGUGCUUGGGCGGGGGCCCAGCGGUAGCCACCGCCAUCGUGGAGGCCACCAUCGCCGAUGUGGUGCCCGAUGACAAGAGAUCCACCAUCUAUUUCCAACUGCAGGCGGCGGUGUUGAUCUCCGACAUCCUAGCCAAUCCUCUGUCGGCCGUUCUCAUGGCCCACAAUGUCUGGAUCCCCUGUUUCCUAGGCCUCAGCAUCCAGGCGCUAGGCACCAUUUUGUUGAUGGCGCUUCCCGAAACGCUAAGCUUUGCCCGAGCUCUGUCGCCGUUGGCGGAGUCGACCAGCGACUGUGUAGAGGAAGAGGAGCGGUUAACGCUGCGCGGUCGCUUGGUGAAGAACUUCCGCAGCAUCGUGUCAGAUCGGAAUGUAGCAGGACUAGUAUUUGGCCUGCUCGUCCUGACGAUCAGUGCGGAGUCAGUGGACUUCCUGCUCCAGUACGUUUCCAAACGAUAUGGGUGGUCUAUUGCCAAGUCGGCUAUGCUUCUCUCCUUACGUGCGGCAGUCGAGUUUGGACUACUCCUCAUCCUUGGGCCCCUACUCCUGUUCCUUUCCUGGCCCAGUCUGCGCAAUCCCCUGCAACGUGAUCUCUGGGUAGCCCGCGUGAGUCUCGGGUUCAUCGUCUUAGGGUUCCUCAUCCUUGCACUGUCUCCUACCGUGGCCUCUGCAAUCCUCGGGUUGAUCAUCUACACACUGGGCGCCGGAUUCCAGCCGGCCGUGAUGAGCCUUCUCGGUUCGGUUUGGAAGGCAUCCAACCCCACCAAUCUCGGCAGUCUGUACAGCACCGUGGCGAUCAUCUUGGCGGCCGGCGGCGUGAUCGCCGGCCCACUGCUCUCAUUCAUGUUUCAGCUCGGUCUGCGUCUCGGCGAUGCAUGGGUUGGUCUCCCGUACUUUGUGUCUGCCUGCCUCUGCGCAGGGAUUGCGCUGGUAAUGCUGUCGGUCAGACUGCCAAGCAGACCCAUUGCAUCAGAGAUGUGAGGUGCCGGUGGGUACAGAAACGCAAGGCAACCGUGUUUUUGAGUUGCCUCGGCCCGGGUUGGUGGUGCAGAGGGCUUGCUGGCGGGGCUAUAAAGUCGGGAUAUCUCUCGCUGUCUUCUAGGGAAUGUCACAGAUCUCUCCUCAGACUUCUAAAUUCAAGCUACGGGCUACGACACAACGAUAGGAUUAAACAUGUUUCUCAUUCAAAUACACCCUUAACUAAUAUUCACUUCUGCGGGGUUCGUCGCAUGUUGGUAACGAAUGGAAUCACCCGCGCAUUCUCGAGAUCCCAGAUCUUCUCCUGGAUAUAGGGAUCGCUCUUGAGACGGUCCCAGAUUUGCUCCUUGCCCACCUCGUUGAUGACCAUCACGGAGCCCUUGAAGGGUCGACGGGGGUUGCCGGGGAAGGUGUGUUUCUCAAAGACGGG